CAUAUAUUUGAGUAAACAUGAGACCCUCUUUAGUGUCGUUGAAGUCUGUUAGAGUACCUGUGCCUCCUGCUGUAGUAAAACCUUACGAGGUACCCGCUCUUUCCAGCAUAAACCACCAGGACUUGCCCAACAAUGGCUUUGGAAACAAUAACUACUCUAUCAAUGCAACCAAAUACAAGCACUGGCCAGUCUACUUGAAAGUACAAAAUACCAAAUACACAACAGAAAUCAAGAGAAUCCAGGGAGACCUCUUCCAGUUCAAGAAGGAUUUGUUAUCCUUGAAUCCUUCAUUAGAUAUAACCAUUAACAAGAAUGCUGGAUAUGUGAAUAUUAAGGGUAACGUAGUAGAAGAAAUAAAAUCCUAUUUCGAUACUUUACUUCCCAGUCGUAUAUAGACUACUGAGAACUGAAAUACUGGAAUAA